GUCAGUCGCGCACUACCACCACAGGCAAAGGCAACCGCGGGGUGGGUGGUCGUCGACUUGGUGCCUUUUCAGGCCACGGCAGCGACGCACGCCGUCGUCCCCGCCCUUUACCCUGACGCAACGGCCUCCACUGCGCGCGGUUGACGCCGCGCGGAAACGGGAGUACGUAGAAACGAGUAGAAAUAUCGCUGCCUCCAAGUUGCCGCGGCCAACCAGCCCGUGGCCUUGGUGCAGGUGCAGCGAACGGUGAAAUGCAAUCCCCCUGGCCCCGCGCGGCUAUAAGUAGCCGCCUCAUGCACCCGCGGCCUUAGCUAGCAAACCAGCGUGCUCCUCCUCUCCUCCACACACAAUCCGAUCGGUAGCCGCGGGCUCGUUGUUGCGAUGGCCGGCAAGAACGGGAGCCUCUACGCGGUGCUCGGCGUCGCCAGCGACUGCUCCGACGCCGACCUGCGCACCGCCUACCGCAAGCUCGCCAUGUGGCUGUUUGUCUCCGGGCAGAAAUGGCACCCGGACAAGUGCGGCGCCGCCGGGAGCUCAGCCGGCGGCGGUGCAGAGGCGGCCAAGGUGAGGUUCCAGAAGAUCCAGGGAGCCUACGCCGUGCUCUCCGAUCCCAACAAGAGGAUCCUCUAUGACGUCGGAGCCUACGACAGCGACGGCGAUGAUGAUGGCGCCGGUGAAAUUCUCGGCGACAUUCUCGAGGCCAUGAACAAAACCGGCCCUACGGAGAAUGGCAAGAACGAGAGCUUCGAAGACCUGCAGAGGCAGUUCGAGGAGCUGUUCCUCCGGCCGCCGGCGCCGGCGCCGCCGACGUCGUCGUCGUUCCGGUCGGCGGUACGUGACUGUCGUGUCGUACACCACUGAUUCCUCUGACUGAUACGACGAGACACAGCAGUUACCUAGCUCAAGAGGACGCUGGGAAGUCUUCAAAGAGAAGGGCCGGAAGAACGUAGAAGUACGUACUUUUGGCCGAAGAUUUUUGUACUGCAACAUUUUUGAAUCUAUUUCGUACGUGCAGUGCUCAAGACGACCGUCAUUUGUGCUAAUAAUUAAGCUGAUUGAUCAAGAAGAAAACGAUUCAGAUAAUGAUAUGACGCACUGAUGAUCUAGGGCAGUAACCUGUAAUCUCAAUAACACCUUUGGCAGACGUCAUUCGGUUUGCAUGUAUGCGGGUGGCUAUUAAUUUGCCUAGCUAGAAAUUGGCCAAUUUAAAGUUUGGCCACACGUCAAUUCUUAUAUGAAUAUGUGCAAUAUUGUCAAAUCUGGGUACUUCUCCCUGAUGAAUUAAAUGAAGAAAAAUGAGGGCUAAUGAUCAACA